AUGGCCGACCCGAGCACAUCCAAGCCGCUCUACAGCGUCCCGGUCCCGGCAUGUGAUCAGCACCCCGGCGGGUCCGUCACAAUCACCGAGCCCUCGCCCCGGGUCUACCUCCUGACGCUGGCCUCCCCGCCGGACAACCGGCUCACGACGGCAGUGUGCCAGGCGCUGCUGCAGGCCCUGGACAUCGUCGAGUUCUCCCUGGCCCCCGGCUGCGUGGUCACCACCUCCUCGUUGCCCAAGUUCUUCUCCAACGGGCUGGACCUGGGCCACGCCGUCGCCCACGGCAGCGCCUACUGGUCCGACAGCCUGUGGGCGCUCUUCCGCCGCUACCUGACGUACCCGAUGCCGACGGUGGCGCUGAUGAACGGGCACGCCUUCGCGGGCGGUCUGAUGCUCGCCUUGCACCAUGACUAUCGCGUUAUGUCCGCCGACCGCGGGUUUUGCUGCCUCAAUGAGCUCGAGUUCGGCGCCCCGCUCAAGCCGCCCAUGUCGGCCGUCUUCCGCGUCAAGCUCCCCGACAGGAGGACUUACAGGGAGAUGGUGCUCGAGGCGCGGCGCUUCGGCGGCAGGGAGGCUGCCGCCAAGGGGAUCGUGGACGCCGCGGGGGGCUGGGACGAGGUGCUCGCGCUGGUGAGCGAGAGGAAGCUGACCGAGAGGGGCAAGACGGGCGUGUACGGUCUGCUCAAGAUGGAGAUGUACCGGGAGUGUUUGGAUUUGCUGGAAAACCACGAGCGGGAGGAGGCCAAGGAUGAUGCCUGGUUCAAGGGGGAGGACGAGAGGAAGCAGAGGGGCCAGAAGAGGGUGGAGGACUUGGUCAAGGCAUAUGAGAAGGCGAAGCUGUGA